AUGGCCCGCCAAUUCUUCGUCGGAGGCAACUUCAAGCUGAACCCCGUCACCCGGGAGGAGAAGAAGAAGCUCAUCAAGACGCUCAACGACGCCAACAUCGACCAGAACACCGAGGUGGUCAUUGCGCCGCCAUCCAUCUACUUGAUCCCCGUUCUCGAGAGUCUGCGCAAGGACAUCAAGGUCGCGGCCCAGAACUGCUACGUGAAGCCCUCCGGUGCAUUCACGGGUGAGAUCAGCAGCCAGCAGCUCGUCGACGCCGGCAUCCCCUACGUUAUCCUCGGCCACUCGGAGCGCCGUAGCAUCUUCGGCGAGACUUCCAAGGAGAUCGCUGCCAAGACGCGCGCGGCGAUUGAUGCGGGGCUCAGCGUGAUCUUCUGCUGCGGUGAGACGCUCGAGGAGCGCGAGGCCGGCAAGACGCAGGCUGUUGUUGAGGAGCAGCUCCAGGCUGUCGUCGAGGCCAUCACGCCCGAGCAGUGGAAGAGCGUUGUGAUCGCCUACGAGCCCGUUUGGGCUAUCGGCACCGGCAAGGUCGCCACCGCGGCACAGGCUCAGGAGGUCCACGAUGCUACGCGCAAGUUCAUCGCGAAGGUUGUCUCCUCCGAGGUCGCCGAGGCCGUCCGCAUCAUCUACGGCGGCUCGGUCAACGCCAAGAACUGCAAGGAGCUCGGCACGCAGCCCGACAUCGAUGGUUUCCUCGUCGGCGGCGCCUCGCUUAAGCCCGAGUUCGUCGACAUCAUCAACACCAAGCGCGCUUGA